GUCAUGACGUUGCACGCAUCCUACCGCGCGCUUGGCAUCCCUCCUACGCUGUUGCCAACCGAGUACUUCAGGAUGAUCAGGAUGGUCGCGACUCGGUUCAACGUUACGGGCAACCUUGUCCAGGCUGCGUUCACAGGAUCCGUCCGUCUGCCUUUGGCUGCCAGUGUUCCUUCAGCGAUGCAGAGGCCUCUCCUUGCGUACAAGCAUUCACCUACUGUCGCUGCUACCGGUGUCAAGCGUGUCUUGCCUCUUCCGGAGCCAAACCCAGUUCGCAAAGUCGUCGCCGCACACAGAGCCAAGCGUGUCCUUUCUCCCAUGGAUCCGGCAGGCCUGAAGACGAUCUCUGCCUUCAAGCGCGCCGGCUCCAUUGGACUCUUCUACUCGAUCGCACCGGCGUGGAUCCAGCAGAUCUGCUACGUCCUCUAUUCUUCUCGGAUGCUGCGCGCUCUGCCUCCGUCCGACGGGUUCCGCUGGAUCGCUCUUCAGUGGUUUGAUACAUCAACGAUACCCUUCGGUCUUUGCUCGUCUGGCGUCCACGCGAAGCAGCUCUGUCUUCGCCUAAGUUCGACUGCGAUUGAAGACGCCGACACUCGCUCUGCACUGGUUGCUCACAAGCAUGCAUCUGCCGCUUCCCAGGCGUUGUUGACCUUCCUUCGCCUUGUCCUCGGGUUCGGUGUCAAGGCUGAUGGUGACAUGCCAGUGGUCAGGAAGUCCUUUGUGAUGUAUGGACCCGCCCGACCGCCCGUCGCUACCCCCAAGGUGCCCAUCGUUGCCGAGCGUGUUGGCUCGCAAUCCGCGUACUGGGUAUCUCCAAUGCUGGUGGAGCGACUUCUCGCCGUCUUCGGUGCGCCUCAGAUCCCGCUUACCCUUCCAACGUCGCACGGGUUCUAUUGGAUCGCACUCCGCUACUUUGGUACAUCUGGCACUCGGAUCGACUCUGCGACGUUCAGCACUGGCACUUCAGCCACUGAAGAGCUUCGUCGUCGUCUCCGUUCCGAUGCGAGUGCUCCUGCAGAUGCCUCACCCAUGACUGUGGAAUCGGACUCUGCUCUGGUUGUGGACAGACCGACCUCCGCCGCUUCCCUGCAAUUGGUGGUGUUCUUCCGACUCGUCCUUCUCUCCAGGCUCAGUGACAAUGCCGCCCACAAUGCGACGCCGGCCUCGGAGUCGCCGUCGGUGCCCGAGCCCAUGGACAACAUAAACACCGAUUUCAAGUCGGCAGACGCGGUUCUCAUGCCAGUUGUUACGCCCGACUCUGUCAUCGAGAGUACUCAGGAGCUCGAGCUCGAGGCCUCUGGUCAACCCGUAUACUCGAUCUCUCCAACGAUCUUGGAGCCGCUUCUCGCUGCCUUUGGCACGCCUCAGGUUCCAACUACCCUGCCUAUGCCCGAACUGGACGACGAAUUGUGCAAUCGAGUUGUGUUUGACAACUGCGGUACAUCUGGUACCAGAGUCGAGUUUACACUUCCCUACGGAAUCAGUCCUGCACCUCCUUCCACUGGUGUCUCCGCGAAGCAGCUCCACCUUCGUCUUCGCUCCGAAGCGAUCGCCCGUGCUGCCUCCGUCGUGCAUGCGGAGCCCGGCGUUUCUUCUGCAUCGGUCAUUGCCAUGCCCACCUCUUUCGCUGCCCUGCAAUUAUGGAUGUUCCUCCGCCUUACCUUUGAGUGCCGUAUCGAAGAUCAGGAGCUCAAGCCAGACGCCGCUGUCCAACCCGUGUACUCAAUUUCACCCGGAAUGGUGGAGCGGAUUCUCGCUAUUUUUGCUCCUCCGCAGCUCGUGUCUACAGUCGUGCUCACGUUCGACGAAUACCACCGGAUCGCCUUGUACCACUGCGGUACAACUGGCACGCACGUCGAGUUCACCCUACCCUACGGAAUCAACUCCACGUCUCCUGCCACCGGCGUUCCCGCGAAGCAGCUCCGUUCUCGUCUCCGCUCAAAGGCGACUGCUACCCCUAUCUCUGCCUCCAACGCAGACUCGGAUCGUCGUUCUGCAUUAGCUACGCUCAGACCCACCUCCGCCGCUGGUGUACACUUGUUAGUCUUCUUUCGCAUCGCCGUCUACUCCACCGUUCAGAAGACUGACGACACGACACAGGUUUCCGCGCCACCAUUGGCAUCGACGACUACGAACACAGACCAGCUCCUUACUUGCCCCCCUCCUGUCCCGCCUGCACAAGCGACUCCGGUUGAGUCGCCGCUGUUAUCGGCACCCACGGACAAAGGCAAGGCUCCCGCAUUCGGUAUCGACGACGUCCCUUCAAGUCCUAUUCCCGCGAAUGAAGCCGCGGAGGUCGAAGAGGACACGACUAUCGAGGGAGAACCAGGCAGUGAGAGAAGGCGAAAGAGGCAUCCGCGCGCUCGUGGCGGGAAGAAGAUCCAGGCAGCCAAGGCACGCAAGAUGGCUCGAGAGGCUGAGGAGGCAGGACGACUGGCCGAGGAGGGCACUGAAGUGAAUGAUGCAUCUGUGCUCGACGCUGACGAGAACCCGGCGGCAUCCACUUCGACAGAGGCACAUCGAGACGCUCCACAGGAGAACACGAGCACGGAUACAAACGCAAUCGCCAGCGGGAGUAACACCAACAACGCCAGCAGCUCUAGGAGGCGCCAACCAACUCGUGGUCGUCGCCGAACUCGUACCGCUGACGCAGAAGCCGUGCAGAACGGUUCUGACAGCCAACCUCAAGGAAGGCGGCGGAAGCGUCGUCGCACCGGUGGUGCCGAAGCCGGGGCAAUGCGCAUCGCAAAUUGUCACCUUCGCGAGGCGGUGGGCUCUGACUUCGUCGACAUUCCCCCUCUUCGCCUUGGGGCACCUCGAACGGGCUUGGCGGAUGAGUUCUCCCCUGCCAGCUGAACGUUGAACCAUCGAAGGAGCGGCGGUGAUUGGAGGGCGGUGAUAGGCGUACCGUCUUCCGUGAACCACAUUCGUCCAUAUAUGUGCCCACCGAGCUCUGGAAGACUAGAGCAACUCGAAGAUCACCGCAUCCGAUACCGGCAAUGAUAUGAUUCCCAUCUCAUCUUCCCAUUUUCAUCAUGAUCUCUUCACUACGAUUCCGUUCUGGAUCUGUCUGGAUUGUCGCCACCCCACACACCGACAGCCUAUAGCCAUUCAUACUAGCCAAUUACUUGACACAUUUGCACCAUACACACGGACUAUCACAGACUAGCUGCAUCACACAGAAUACACACGCACGCACAGACCACUUAUAUCGCACAUGGACUACACGGACAGACUACCAUCACACGAGAACUACACACACUACCUAUAUCACAUAGACUACGCACACAAUACUUGUACGAGCAUGGCUUCUUACUCUCAAACAUAUGAAUUUAUCUCUCUA